AUGGCCUCCUCGGGCCCCCCCGGCUCCUGCUGCUCCCACGGGCCGGCCGUGCCCGGCGUGCACCAGACCGCGGCGGAGAUGGACUUCGAGAGAGGGGUCUGGUCGGCUGCCCUGGACGGGGACCUGGGGCGGGUCCGGAAGCUGCUGGUGGAGAAGCGGGUGGAUCCCAGCGAGCCCGACCUGGCUGGCUACACCGCCCUGCACUACGCCAGCCGCAAUGGGCACGGCGCCGUCUGCCAGUUCCUGCUGCAAAGUGGGGCCCGGUGCAACGCCCAGACCCACGGCGGGGCCACUGCCCUGCACCGAGCCAGCUACUGCGGCCACGUGGACGUGGCCAGGCUGCUGCUGGCCCACGGAGCCGACCCUGGCAUUGCGGAUGACGACGGCAUGACAAGUUUGCAUAAGGCCGCUGAGGGAGGCCACCGUGAGCUCUGUGAGCUCUUGCUGCAGCACAGCCCGGGACUGAAGGGCAUCCAGGACAGGAGGGCCAGGAGAGCAUGUGAUCUGGUCCCCAGCAGCAGCGCCUUGCGGGACCUCCUGGAGACCUGA